CGCCCUUUCCAGUCAUGAAGCUCCAGGUGUUGGUGUUGCUGAUGUCCUGGUUUGGUGUCCUGAGCUGGGUGCAGGCGGAAUUCUUCACCUCCAUUGGGCACAUGACCGACCUGAUUUAUGCAGAGAAGGACCUCGUCCAGUCUCUGAAGGAGUACAUCCUGGCGGAGGAAGCCAAGCUCUCCAAGAUUAAGAGCUGGGCCAGUAAGAUGGAGGCCCUGACCAGCAAGUCAGCUGCUGACCCCGAGGGCUACCUGGCCCAUCCUGUGAACGCCUAUAAGCUGGUGAAGCGAUUGAACACAGACUGGCCUGCCCUGGGGGACCUUGUCCUCCAGGACGCGGCUGCAGGUUUUGUGGCUAACCUCUCAGUUCAGCGGCAGUUCUUCCCCACUGACGAGGACGAGUCUGGAGCUGCCAAAGCCCUGAUGCGACUUCAGGACACGUACAAACUGGAUCCGGACACGAUUUCUAGAGGGGAGCUUCCAGGAACAAAGUACCAGGCCAUGCUGAGUGUGGAUGACUGCUUUGGGAUGGGCCGCUCAGCUUACAACGAAGGAGACUAUUACCACACCGUGUUGUGGAUGGAGCAGGUGCUGAAACAGCUGGAUGCUGGGGAGGAGGCCACCGUUACCAAAUCCCUGGUGCUGGACUACCUGAGCUAUGCCGUCUUCCAGCUGGGUGACCUGCACCGUGCGGUGGAACUCACCCGUCGCCUGCUCUCUCUUGACCCGAGCCAUGAACGAGCCGGAGGGAACCUGCGGUACUUUGAGCGGCUGUUAGAGGAAGAAAGAGGAAAAUCGUUGUCGAAUCAGACGGACGCUGGACUAGCAACACAGGAAAACUUGUACGAGAGGCCUGUAGACUACCUGCCCGAGAGGGACGUGUACGAGAGCCUGUGUCGAGGGGAGGGCAUCAAAAUGACACCCCGGAGGCAGAAGAGGCUUUUCUGUAGAUACCAUCAUGGAAACAGAGUGCCACAGCUCCUCAUUGCCCCCUUCAAAGAGGAAGACGAGUGGGAUAGCCCACACAUCGUCAGGUACUAUGAUGUGAUGUCGGACGAAGAGAUCGAGAGGAUCAAGGAGAUUGCUAAGCCCAAACUCGCACGAGCCACUGUGCGUGAUCCCAAGACAGGUGUCCUCACUGUUGCUAGCUACAGAGUUUCCAAAAGCUCCUGGCUAGAGGAAGACGAUGACCCUGUGGUGGCCCGAGUCAACCGCAGGAUGCAGCACAUCACAGGGCUGACGGUGAAGACUGCAGAGCUAUUGCAGGUCGCAAACUACGGAAUGGGGGGACAGUACGAACCACACUUUGACUUCUCGAGGCGACCCUUUGACAGCGGCCUCAAAACGGAGGGCAAUAGGUUAGCGACGUUUCUUAACUAUAUGAGUGAUGUUGAAGCUGGUGGCGCCACCGGCUUCCCCGACUUGGGAGCUGCGAUUUGGCCCAAGAAGGGCACGGCUGUAUUCUGGUACAACCUUCUUCGGAGUGGGGAAGGCGAUUAUCGAACAAGGCAUGCGGCCUGCCCUGUGCUUGUGGGCUGCAAGUGGGUCUCCAAUAAGUGGUUCCAUGAGCGAGGACAGGAGUUCUUGAGGCCUUGUGGGACAACGGAAGUCGAUUGACGUCCUUUUCUGCUCCGCCCCUCCCUGUCCCACAGUCCGAAUCAUCUUCAAGUUCAGUGUGACAGCUUCCUUUGUAUGUCCCAGCUCCUGUCAAGCAGGCCAUUGGGGGAGCCAGUGUUUGUCUGAAUUGAGAGAGUGUGUCCUGAGCCGAGUCCUGGGUGACCUGGGCCGCAGGCUCUGGCCAGCCUAUGCCUGCCCUGGCUCCCAGGGUAGUCUUGGCAUGGCUGUGGUAGAGCCAGACUGUAGCACCCAGCACAGUGCCUUCGUACCUCAGAUAUUUCAGGUGGACGAUGUUUCAGUGAAACCAAAGUUCUGACACUGUUUACAUGUUUGUUUUCUAUGACAUUUCUAUUUGUUGUGGCUUUAACCAAAAAAUAAAAUAAAACAAAACAAAAUAAAAUGUUCCUGCCAAAAGCCUUAAAGAGCUUUA